UCUCUUUGAGCCUGAGCUCAUUGAACGGGCGUGCGAAUCUGCCGUCGGUUGUGCGGGCGGCCGUAGAUAACGCCGAGCUGCCGCGAUGAGCCACUUCUUCAAGACCACGGCUCACGCAGCCAUUUACGCUAAGUUCAGACCCGUCGCACCUUCGGCGCUGAUCGACAGAAUUGUCAAGUUCGUCACGGAAAAGGCAAGCCCACAGUUGGCCGUCGACGUCGGCUGUGGCCCCGGAACGAGCUCCGGUGUGCUGGCUCCGCACUUCCAACGGGUGCACGCGUACGACGUGUCUGAAGCACAGAUCGAAGAAGCCAAGGCCAACAACCGAAUCGCCAACCUCACCUACGGUGUGGCAGACGCGGAAGCCAUUCCAGAGGCCAGCGGGUCUGCGCAGCUGAUCACGGCGAGCCAGUGUGCCCACUGGUUCGACCUGGACAAGUUCUACGCCGAGGCGGAGCGGGUACUCUCGCCGGGGGGUGUCCUCGCCCUCUACGGCUACCUCAUCCCAGUGCCCGUGAGCAAAGACCAGGCCAAGAUGGACAAGCUCAUUCAUGACGAGCUUUACAUGGGCUGUUUGGAAAAGCACUGGACGAAGCAGAGGGAGGUGAUAGACAAUAUGUACAGGGACCUUCGCCUGCCCUUCGACGACAGUGUCCGCGACGAGUCCUUUGAGGACAGGAAGGUCCAGUCGGUGGCCGACUACCUGAACUACGCCUGCACCUGGUCGGCCUACCAGGCCCACCUCAAGGAGAACCCGGAGGAAGCGAAAGGCCUCAUAGCCAGGCUGACGUCCGCGUUAAUGGACAUAUAUGGCGACGGCACAAGUACGCCGGCGACCACCAGCAUGGAAGUCAAGAUACAGUACUUCCUGGUUAUGGGCCGCAAACCAGCGACCGGUGUCGCGCAUUGACCCAACUUCUCACGUGUCGUCAUUCUGACCUUCAAUCAUGAAACAUUCUCAAAGACUCGCCUGCGAGUAAACGAGAGAACAUCGGUUUCAGCGCCGAGGCUGAGCGAGCCUUUGUUAUGUUUUCAUUGGGACGCGUCUUAGGUACGCGAGAAAUAUAUUUAAGAUUCAA